AUGGAAUCCUCCGCAGAGCCUGGGACACCUUUGCCCAAGUACUGCAGCGUGGCCACCAUCCUGGAGGCCCCCGCCUGGGCCAGCACCGCUCCUCCCUGGGACCUCUCCUUCACCUGCCCCUUUGCCCUCCAAGCACCCUGGCUCACCUGGCACAACCCUCUCCCCAGAUGUGUAUGUUAUCAACAGUGUAUCCACAUUGGGGACCCACCACAGCAAGGGUCCGGCUGCCUGGGAGGAACCAGAGAUGCUGCUGACACCUGGGUCCUGGCAAGAAGGGAACCAGAUGGCUUUUAUUACCGGGCUCAGAUAAAGACUGCUCCAGAGCUGGAGAGGCAGGGUGCCCUGCUCGUGGAAUUUGAGGCUCCCCUUGUCACAGGCCCAGAGCUGCCAGUCCCGCAGCACAGUGUGGUCUUAGGAGACGAUGUCAUUCCGUUCUCACCACCCAUGAAAUACUCACCGCAACCUGGGGACAAGGUGCUGGCACCCUGGGAGCCAGACAGACAGCGGUAUGGCCCUGCCACUGUUUUGGGCUUGGAGACGACAGACCCCCAGAGAGCAUCAAAAGAAGAAAUUACUGUUCACUUCUGGAACGGCAGGACAGCUGCGGUGCCUCUGGGUGGGGUCAGGCGGGUGCCCCCUGCUGUCUGGAGGAGGGCGGUGGAGGGGCUGCACAGGCCUUUCAGCAGGGGGCCCCCCAGUGCCCUUCUCUGGGCCCCUUGCUGCUCUCUGCUGGGGCCAGGCACUGGAUGGGUCACCGACCGGCUUCCACUGGGCACCCCAUUCCUGUGCCCUCUCUGCCACCCCCACGCCUGCUGCCAGCUGCUGUGCCAGGGCUGCCCCAGCUGCUGCCCUUUGGUUGGAACCACCUGGUGGCCUCUAACCCGGACCUCGGGGGUCAACACCAGAGAAUAUCCAGUGGCAGAGCUGAAGCCCACAGCACAGCUUUUGCCCCUAGAGGCUCCCAAAGAGGAGGAAUUAGCCGUGCAAAUGCCCAUCACUGUAGCCUCUUCUGAAGAGGAUUUGGAGAAAGGUCUGGGGGCGGGCCUCCCCCAGAGGCUGGUGGUGGACAGCACAGUCAACGCAGACCCGGGACCCCGGGAGAGGACUCUGAGGAGGCGGGGCGGCCUCUGCCGGCCGGAGUGGAGGUACUGGAGGAGGAGCGGGCCCGAGCCGCCUCCGCCUCUGGGGGACGCCAGAUGUUGCAACAUCCAGAAAGAGAAGGGCCACAAACAACAGAGAGAACAAACGGCAGUGGUGGGGAAUGCCAAGGAGCUGGUCCUGCAAGCAACCAGCAUGAAGCCUCUGCAGACCCUGCCAGACUCAGCUGAGCACGGAAGACUGAGUCAGGGCACCACGGGGACAUGUUGGGGACACCACAAUGCCUUAGACUAA